AUGGCACAGAGCUCAAGCUCGAGCUGUAGCUCGUCGAGGGGCGCCAGGGGAGAUUGCUCGACCAAACGAAAACAACAGUCGACGGCCUUCAACACCAAGACCGCGCUCCUCUCCGUCCUGGCAGCCGCACCGGGGGCAAUGGCACAGAAUUGCAUCUCGCUGUCGGGCUCGACGCAGUGUUCUGCCUUCAAUACUUCAUCUAUCUCGACCGACAGCACGCUGGUCGGAUUUUUCCCAUUCUUACAGUACGUCUCGAGUACUGCCACUUUUGACGAGCAAUUGGCAUCGUACGUCUCCACGAGUUACGUGCAAGAAAAAUACCAGACGCUUCUCGGCUGCGGAAACAUUAAUCUUACGAACACCACCAACCUUUACGCACGCUUCACGACGACAGUAAUAUGUAAUGCAAUAAUACAGAAUUCCCGCACACUAUGUGGCUUAUCAGCAGCAAACUCGCCGCCAGUGUGUGCCGAUACUUGCGCACAACAAGCCUCGAGCGAGUCAAUUAUCAUCGCUGAUUCUGCCCUUUGCUCCACCCCAGGUAGUAAUGCCGGUUCGCAAAUCAGAGCCGACUUCACCAAUUGCGCGUUACCGGCCAACUCGUUAUCCGGUACCUGCAUCGAAGGAGCCGCAAACGAACCGGACAAUUGUGGGUUCGGCAACAGCACCAUUGGCCUGUGCCAAUACUGUGGUUCAGGGGGACAGAACAGUACAGACACGUGCUGUUACAACUCACAGGCAAAUCAAAGAUGUGUCGGUGUAGUAUUGCCGACGAUUACUGCUUUCAUGACUUUUUCGACGGCUUCCCCGACUGCCACAUCAACAUCAUCGGCUUCCGCAUCCGGCACUAACACGCCCGCAAGUUCAAAGAAAGGGUUAUCGGGAGGUGCAAUUGCUGGCAUCGCCGUGGGCUCAGUCGCCGGGGCAGCACUUCUUAUAGGAUUGCUUUUCCUCGUGAUAUUGUGUUUACGUCGCAGACGUGGAAGUCAGAAUGGAAGCGUCUUCAAUCAACCAUCCCCAGCAAGGCGAGGUCAAGCGGGGAUGGCGUAUAAUCCAGUAGGGACUAAUACCACCCAAGAGGGCUACGAAGUUCUUCCUGGAGGACGUAUUGCGCGCAUGUCAGCACUGGAGGGACAUUCUGGAGAUUCGCCUCCACGUGGUGAAAUGGCUGGGAAUGCAGCUGGGGGUGCUGCUGCUGGCGCUGCGGCCGGAUAUGCUGCUGGAAGGAGGAGAAAUCAUGAGCAAUCAUCAUCUGAUGAAUAUAGUCCGGUGUCCAAUCCCGCCGGAGGAGUACUGCGUCCUCCACCAACGGGCCGGCGCAACGGGUCACUAUCAAGUAACUCCGUUCUUGGUGGUGAAGAUCCCCAGUCUCCGCAUUCUGGCAGUGGUGGCGACAUGUCAUCUCCACAAGGGGUAGCGAGCCAACAAUCCGAACAGCUGCCGUUCUUCAAGGAUUAUUAUUCUCAGGACGAGAUACAUCCUGGCGACAAGGUUGCAACCCUGUGGGCUUACCAACCACGAGCCAGUGAUGAGUUUGCCCUAGAACGAGGAGAUAUGCUGAAGGUUGUCGGUAUCUGGGAUGAUGGUUGGGCGACUGGAGUGAUGAUUGACGAGCGAGCCGAUGAGUGGGAUGCAAAGAGGAAUGCUCAGCGCGACAGUGGUGUGUCUAACACAUCAGGCAGGAGGGAUGAAUCUCCAGCCGUGAGUGGUGAGAUCAAAGCAUUCCCACUGGUCUGCGUCUGUCUUCCGGACCACUGGCGAAAAACGAUAGAGGGUGACGGGUCGACGGAGACGGGAUCCAGCGCCCCGCAUGGUACGGCUCCAUGA